AUGGAAGUCCAAGUAAGCUCAAUCUUGUUCUCGAUCCUUAUACUUGGAUUCACAGCAUUAACACUCAAGUUCUUGAACUGGGUUUGGUUCAGACCAAAAAGGCUCGAAAAAAUCCUUCGAAAUCAAGGCCUCCAUGGAAACUCUUACAGAUUCUUGCUCGGAGACAUCAAGGACUUAAUCUCGAUCACCAAACAUGAACAACCUAAAUCGAUCCGAAUUUCGGAUCAUCUGACGCCGCAUAUUCUACCUUAUUACCACCAAAUCCGUAGCAAGUACGGAGAUAAUUCGUUUCUAUGGUUCGGGCCAUUUCCAAGACUUGUUAUUUGCGAGCCGCAGCUUUUGAAGGAGAUUCUCACGAGGACCGACGUGUUUCAAAAGCCUCUGCCCGACCCGAUUGGGCAAACGGUCGCGGGCGGGCUUUUGUUUCUCGAGGAUGACAAAUGGGCCAAGCACCGAAAGAUUAUCAACCCGGCUUUUCAUAUGGAGAAGUUGAAGAAUAAGAUACCCGCGAUACGUUUGAGCUGCGGAAGCAUGAUCGAAAAAUGGGAAGCGUUGUUUUCGGGUAGUGAUGAGCCUCGGGAGAUAGACGUGUGGCCUUAUCUCGAGAAUUUGACGGGCGAUGUGAUAUCUCGGGCCGCAUUCGGGAGUAGCCAUGAAGAAGGGAGGCGGAUUUUCGAGCUCCAGAAGGAAAAGGUGAAGCUCGUUUUGGAGUUGUUGCAGUUCAUAUUCAUCCCCGGAUGGAGAUUUUUCCCGACCAAGGCAAACAAGAGAAUGAAAGCGUACUCGGAGGAAGUCGAGUUCUUGUUGAGGGGUAUUAUAGACCAAAGGAUCAAGGCAAUGAGAAGGGGAGAAAAAGCUUGUGAUGAUUUGUUAAGCACAUUGUUGGGGUCGAAUUCGAAUUCGGAUGGAACUCACGAAAAUGGUAACCAAACGGACACGAAAAUGAGCAUCGAGGAUGUGAUUCACGAGUGUCGACUCUUCUACUUUGCGGGUUCAGAAACAACUUCGCUUCUACUCGUGUGGACAAUGGUGAUGCUUGCCAAGCAUCAAGAGUGGCAAGACCGUGCGAGAGAGGAAGUCUCUCGAGUGCUUUCGAACGACGAGCCAAAUUUCGACAACCUUAAUCGCCUCAAAAUCGUGACCAUGAUUCUCAAUGAGGUGUUGAGACUAUAUCCGCCGGCCCCACUGCUAUCACGAACCCCUAAGAAGCCGGUGAAGCUUGGGAACAUAAAUUUACCGGUUGGUGUCGAUUUGAUUUUGCUGAUAGGUAUGCUUCACAACGACCCGAAGAUUUGGGGAGAUGACGCGAACGAGUUCAAGCCCGAGAGGUUUUCGGACGGGAUCUCUGGGGCUACCAAAGGACAAUUCUCGUUUUUGCCGUUUGGCACAGGCCCGAAAGUAUGUGUCGGGCAGCAUUUCGCGAUGAUGGAGGCGAAGUUAGCUAUGGCCGUUAUAUUAAAAGGCUUCUCGUUCGAGCUUUCCCCGAAUUAUCGACAUGCUCCUUUCCCUAUUAUCACUCUCCAACCACAACAUGGGGUUCCCUUGGUUUUGCAUAAGCUAUAA